UGUAGAAUCAAGUGAUCCACGCAGACCUGAGCAGGCCGCGCGAUAGGAUUGAGCGGCGCACGCGUUGCACCAUCUUAGCUCUGCACAGGGCAGAGCUUGUUUGAAGGAAAAAUGUUCACCGACGGCCUAGCCCUCCUUGACCACGAGCGAGCAGCAGCAAAAUUGCCAAAGCAGUUGCCUAAGGAUCCUAUAGGCGAGGCAGCUGGGAGACAGUGCAACUUCUACAAUGGAGUGCGAGUUGAUUUCCCAAAGUGGUCCAGCGAGAGCGACAACACCCGUGCUGCAGCACUGGUGCCGGCGUCCUUCCGGGAUCAGUACCCACUAGACGACGCCACUGUCUUCCUGGUGUGGCCAGAAGAGAAGUGGUACCCGCCGAAGACCUUGGCGCAGCGGAACGCUUUUUGGCGACUCUGGUCGCACUACUGCCUCACGCAAAACCACAAGGAUUGGCUCCUUGACAUUCGUACGGUGACGACCACCAAGCAGGUGCAGGAUAUUCAAAACGCACACCCCGACAUCAAGUUCAGCGACGUGCUGGACUUCGCCGACUACCUUGUCCAGCAUGGGUACAAGGACGUGAAGGCAUGCGUCUCCCUCGUGUGCCAGAGGCUCCGCAGCCUGCACGGUUUGGAGCGCAAGCAGCCUAUCCAGAGUGAAAAUCUAUAUGAAUACAGAGGGAGAGGUAGGCUGCGAUCUUCAUCUUGCAUCCAGGUGGUGCGCCUCUGUUUUAUGUCCCACCCCCGCUGAGCCAUCUUCGCAUGAACCUGCAUGAGUUUGUAUAUUUCCUCUUUCGUUUCCAUCCUGUGCCCAGGCUCAGGUGUAGUAGUGCAAAAGUUGUCAAUGUCACCUCUCCCUUUGCCUUCACCUCCGGUUUUUCACCCUUUCAUACAGCCGUGGAGGCAGCAGUGCCAAUCGCAAACGUACGAAACGCUUAAGAGGAUGCAGCGGCAGUACACACGCACCCGAGCCUGCCCGCCCUCCUUUCCCGAAACUGCAAAACUAUCCGUGAGACACCAGAAGAUCUUCGUCAUGUGGUGGACGAGCGGCCUGAGGCCCAUCAGCUUCGAGAGCAUCUCCGGCCAAAAAGCCCUGCCGAGCAGCAAGAUCCCAGGCCAUGUGAUGGCGCAUGCGCGGGAUGUUAAAGUUGACGAGUCUCCGGGCGAACUCAAUAUGGUACUCCUACGCUUCUUCAACCUUUUUUGAUUCAGCCUCAGCGAUGAACUGGCUUUCUGGCCGGAUUCGCAACGUAGAUCAUUCUUUUAUUUCACUACCAUCAUGAUGCACACUGCAGGUGCACCUACCGGCGGGCAUCUUCUUUCCCGACGUACUACCAGCAUCCAGGAGUGACCUGGAGCACAUAGCAGCCACACUGAAAACCAAUCCGUAUGGAAUCCGCCGCGGCCUAGCGAUCGCAUUACGCCUGCGCUCCAUGAUGCUGGGCUAUUUACCGGGCGGCACACCCCAGCAGCGCGCCCAGUACGCAGCAUACAAGGAAAAGGUCAAUAGUUGGUUUCUCUGGUCGCCCAACUCCACCGAGUGGGAGCGCGACUAUUCCGUGGACGCGGAGCUCUAUCUCCGCCACCGCUUCGACCUUCACCCAGCUACCCAAGCGCAUUUUACAGUAGAAGAUCACGACAUCCACCAGAGACACUACAAGCCGAUCCAUCGUCCCCUCCAGAACGAGUCGGAAGCCCGCAUGGUCUCGCAGACGCAUGCUGCUUCCGGCACGGAUGUUGUGUCCUUCUUCAGUUUGUACAAUGCUAGCGGUAGCGAAGUUUCACACUAA